CAAGAGCUGAAUGUCGUGUCUUUUUUUUUUCUUGAAAGAUGUGUUCAUUUAGAUAAACGAUUGGGCCAAGCCGACAAAGGGAAGUGUACAAGCAAUCCAGUAGAAAAGACAGGAAAAGAAACCCAAAAAAAGAGGCCCAAAAGAAAAACCCGAGAGCUCAAUAGGGUUCAGGCCCAGAGCCAAAACAAAACUGGGUCUCUCCCAAACCCUAACCACAAUUUGCCCCUUCCGAAGCUCCUCCACUGCCGCGGCUGUGCUCCGCCCCACACCUGACCCGUCGCCGCCACCAACCCGAAUCAAGCCAAGGAACAUGCACCCAUCCGACCCGGACGACGAGAAACGGAGGAGAACCACCACCAAACCUCCCUCCCCAAGCCGAUUGUCGUGCCCAUCCCGCCGAGCACCACGAGAACCAAACAAACCCGACGGCAGGUGGGGGAGACAGAGGGUUAGAAUACACCAGUCUUCAAGCUCUUCCAUCCGGGUCCUCGCCAAAGGCUGCAUCUCCGGAUCGCCAAGACCUGCAAGGAGAAACAAGGAGGUAGACCAGAGGAGAGGAGAGGAGAGGAGAAGACUAGCUGGAUCUGAAAUAGAUCCGACCUCCAUCGCAUCUAGAACUGGACAUGCAUCUCCAGAUCUGGAAACCAGAUUGGAGGACAAACCGUCAACCCACAACGGGGGGGCAAAAAGAACCCAGCAAAGGGUGAAGAAAACGACCACAAAGUGGGGAAGACGAACAAAGACAUGGCAGGAAAACAAAAACACAGAAAGUAAACAAGAGGAAAAGCAGCAAGAAGGCGGAAGAAAACGAACGAUUAAAGGGAAAAGACAGAAAAAGAGGUUGAGGGCCGCCACCGGUCACCGGAGGUGCGCCGGCAACAGCCUCAUGGAUGCCACAAUAAGAGAGAAAGCAGAGGAGUAGUUUUAGGAUAGAGAAGGGGUUUUCUCUGCUGAUCCUUUCAUGUAUCACCUAGCUGAAUGUCGUGUCCUUGUGGAGAAACCCACUGCCAAAAUAUGUAGUUGGAGGGCAAAAUCUUUAAGUUUUGCUGGUCGGUUGCAGCUCAUUACAUUAGUAUUAACUAGUGUUCUGCAAUUAUGGAUGGGCAUCUUCCUUCUUCCUCAGUUUGUUAUUAAGUAGGUGGAGUCUAUCUAUAGUAAGUUCCUUUUGGGAUAUCAAUGAUUCAUCAAUGGAGCACUUCUACUAUGCUAUAUAGUAUUGGUGCUUUAAUGUACAACUUUAGAUUGUACCAUAACAAUAAAUGUAUAAGUUUAGG